GAGCCAGUGAUGGGAGGCAAGCUGGUUCCUGACGCGCAUAUCGCUCAACUGGUGAUCUGUUUGAAUUGCUUUUUGCCGCUCAGUUUUUUUUUCUAUUUUAAAUUAAAGUAUUUUUUACAGCUAUUAAAGUGGAAAUAGAUGAGCAUAUGCAGUUCAGUUUUACUUCCCAUGUUGGGUAAACGCUAAUUUGUGUUUUGGGAAAUUGCGCAGCGGUUGUCCAGGAGCAGAACCAUGGCAGAGGAGUGAGGCAGCUUUGUCAAAAUGCAAAGUAACUGGAAUACAACUUUGUCACGGCGGUCCUAUGGAAUAUAGUCCGAUUAUACACAGUCUACAUGUUGUGCCAUCAUCCCACGUGAAAAACAAACUCUUUGUAUUUUGCAUAAUGCUGUCCCUUUGGGUGUAUAUGAUAUAUUGCUGUGUCGGCUACUGCUCCACUGUUCCAAACCUGACGUACGGAUCGGUGAACAGACACGAAAACCAGGCAGAAGUUGACAACCAGGGAUCCUCUUUAGGAGCGUCCAGGGACUUACUAAAUAACGAGAACGAGUUGGACAGCAGAGGAGACGAGUGGGAUGAAAUUAGAGGCGAGGCGAAGGCGUUGGAUGAUAAUGCCAUGUCAGGUUCCCUCAAUGAGUCGGAAAGUAAAAAGUUGCCUCAAGCAAUCAUCAUCGGAGUGAAGAAAGGAGGCACCCGGGCGCUGCUGGAGUUUCUGCGCCUGCAUCCGGACAUCCGAGCGGUGGGAGCGGAGCCGCACUUCUUCGACCGCAACUACGAUAAAGGACUGGAGUGGUACAGGGAAUUAAUGCCUAAGUCAUCAGAAGGCCAGCUGACCAUGGAAAAGACCCCCAGCUACUACGUUACUAAGGAGGUCCCUGCUCGAAUCUACGCCAUGUCUAAAGACACAAAGCUAAUUGUAGUUGUCCGGGAUCCUGUCACACGAGCCAUCUCAGACUACACGCAGACCCGCUCCAAGAAGCCAGACAUCCCUUCUUUUGAGAGCCUGACCCUGAAGAACACCUCAGCGGGUCUGAUUGACACCACGUGGAGCGCUGUACAGAUUGGCAUGUACGCCAAGCACCUUGAGCGCUGGCUCCAGUACUUUCCCAUGGAGCAGCUGCUGUUCGUUAGCGGAGAGCGUCUCAUUACCGACCCUGCAGGUGAGAUGGCUCGUGUCCAGGACUUUCUUGGGCUGAGGAGGGUGGUCACAGAGAAGCAUUUCCACUUUAACCCAGCAAAAGGCUUCCCCUGCCUUAAGAGACCUGAGGGGAACAGUAGGCCACAUUGCCUGGGUAAAACCAAAGGCAGGACCCAUCCUAAUAUUGACCCAGAGGUGGUUCAGAGGCUAAGAGACUUUUAUAAACCCUUUAAUUUCAAGUUUUACCAGAUGACUGGUCAUGACUUUGGUUGGGACUAAGAAAAAAAUAUGAUGACAGGCUCACGCUGGUUAUCUGGAAUUUCUUUUAGUUAUAAUUAUAUCACUCUGGAGUUAUUGUUUUACAGUCUAUGUACAGUAUUUGGUGGUGUGUAAAAAGAUCAGAAGUCUAUUUUAUGAUAAUUUAUUGUUAUGAUAUUAACUCACUAAGCUGCCUAACUAGGUUUAUUCAUGUUUUUAUUUGUCGCGAGCUACAAAAAUUCUUUUUUUUCGACCUAAAAGCACACAGUUUUUACAGGUAUUGCAAUCAGGGUCAGUAUGUUUUCUUUUUCUUUCUUUUUCUUUCUUUUUACCCAAUUUAGACCCAGCUUGACAAAAAACUGGUAAUAUCCCCUUAACAUUUGCCUGACCCUCAGAGGUCUGUGGACCCACUUAGUCAGGUCGAUACAGGCCUCAGCUGAUCCAGCGCAACUUGCCAGGUAGAUCAAUAAAGUAAUAGCUCCUCAUCAUGUCAAUUAGACCUGAGUGAUGGCAUUGUCUUGAUUUCUCAAGCGUCUCAAUAAAACAUUGAUCCAUUAAUGGUAGCAAGUUUAUGGUCAACCUUUGAGCCAAAUUCAAGUUAAUAUGAGAAUAUAAAUUUUCACUGCAAUAUUCUGACUUAACCACUAUUUAUUUUGUCUCUACAGGGGAAUGUUGAUCGGGUUCCAAUAGAGUCGUGUCAAAUCUGUUUUGGAUGUUUUUAUCCAUUUUCCAAAGAGCUGCUGCCCAGAUUUCAUAACGCCUAUAGAAAAUGAUUCAUAUGAAAAGUCAUAUGAGCCAUUCACAUUUAUUGAUCUGUACUGAAAUUGCUCUCAUUGAUCACUCUGUGCAGCUUCUUACUGCAUCUGAUAGUGGAUGUGUUAAUUAUGCCCUUUUCCACAGUACAUCAGCUGCUGGAGUGAAAAUGAGGACUUAUUUUCUUUACUUUCAGAAGAAACUAAACCAAUAUAGCCUUUCAGAAUUCCUCAUCUAAGUUUCAUUUGUGGUUGAGUUUUAUUCAGCCUCUGCAAUUCAGCAGUUCCGACAUCAUCCAGGGUCAUUCUAAAAUGAUUUGCUACAACGUCGUUGUUGUAGAGGCACUAUUUCACUGUAUGCUUUGCUUUAAAAACAUUGAAAUGAGUUGGGUUUAAAUGAGAUGUUGAUUAAAAGGUGCAGUCUUGUCAUCUUUAAUGAAGAAAUAAAGAAAGUGUGUUUUAUCAAAGUCAAA